CGUCUUUCUCCCUCCCCCAUCUCUUCUGCUGGUAACUCUCUUCCUUCCGUUCCUCUUCGGACCCCACUCACUGGAAAUAGUCCCUUCUCUUCCCAUGCAGGGCCACCAGACACGUCCAAUUCGCUGAGAUCAACUCGCCGAUGUGACCGACCUCAUCCCCCCUCCCCCAUUCGUGUCUCGAAUCGUUCGCCUCGAUCCCCAACCGGUGCCAUAAAGGGCCAUGACGCCCUCGCCGCCUGGUUCGCCGACGGGCGCAUCCCCGCGACCCUUGAGUGCCUUGAUGCGCACUCCGAGGAGUACCAGUCGCCUGAGUAUGAGCAGUAAACAAGGCAGUCGCGCCUCCGAUGAGGACAGCAAGACCGCCGUCAAAGUCGCCGUGCGCGUUCGCCCCCCCCUCAAGCCCGACGACCCCGGCUACGAGUUGGUCCCACAACGAUUCCAACGGUCCAUGGUCCACGUCACGGCGGCCACCAGCCUCGCCGUCGAUGUUCCCCAAGGCCGCAAACUCUUCGUCUUCGAUCGCGUUUUCCCCGAAACCGUGAACCAGGAUGGUGUGUGGGAAUACCUCUGUGAGAGCGUUCAUUCUUUCUUGCAGGGCUACAAUGUCUCCAUCCUGGCCUACGGGCAGUCGGGCGCCGGCAAGUCCUACACCAUGGGCACCUCGGGGCCCAGCGAACAGGGUGACCCCCAGUCGAGAGGCAUUAUUCCUCGCGCCGCCCAGCUGCUCUUCGACCGGUUAGAACCCCCCAAACAGAACCGUAACAGUUCGUCCGGCUUGCGCACGCCCGCCCGCUAUUCGGUCGGUUCCGCCGCCAGCCUCAACCGCGCCAGCGUCGACAAAUCCUGGCAGAUGAAGGCCACCUACGUCGAAAUCUACAACGAACAACUACGCGAUCUCCUCCUUCCCGAUUCCGUUCCCCAGUCCGAUCGCGGCUCCGUCUCCAUUCGCGAGGAUACUAAGGGUCGCAUCCUCCUCACUGGCCUCCACCAGGUCACCAUCAACUCCAUCGACGACCUCAUGGGUGCCCUCAGUUUCGGCUCCUCCAUCCGACAGACCGACUCCACCGCCAUCAACGCCAAGUCCUCGCGUUCUCACGCCGUCUUCAGUCUGAACCUGGUCCAGCGGAAGCCCGCCGGCGCCGGCGCCGCCGGCACCACCCCCCGCGACAAGCGCAUGUCCAUGCCCAUUGACGGUGCCUCCGGGGCGCCCGACGCCGCCACCGUCACCGUCGAGAGCAAGCUCCACUUUGUCGAUCUGGCUGGUAGCGAACGGCUGAAGAACACCGGCGCCUCGGGCGAGCGCGCCCGGGAGGGUAUCUCCAUCAACGCCGGCCUCGCCGCUCUGGGCAAAGUCAUCUCGCAGCUGUCCUCCCGCCAGGCUGGAGCCCACGUGUCCUACCGGGACUCCAAACUGACCCGCCUCCUCCAGGACUCCCUGGGGGGCAAUGCCUACACCUACAUGAUCGCAUGCGUCACCCCGGCCGAGUUCCACCUCAGCGAGACCCUCAACACCGUCCAAUACGCCCAGCGCGCCCGCGCCAUCCAGAGCAAGCCCCGCAUCCAGCAGGUCGCCGACGAGGGCGACAAGCAUGCCCUGAUCGAGCGCCUCAAGGCCGAAGUCAGCUUUUUGCGGCAGCAGCUGCGCCGCGCCGAGGCCAGUCCCGAUCGCCGCCGCGGCGACGGCCCCGCCCCGGAGCGCCCCGAGCGCGCCAACGACCGCGAGAUUGGCCUGCAGAACCAGCUGCUCGACGUCCAGGAGAGCUACAACGCCCUCAGUCAGCGCCACGCCCGCCUCAUGGCCGAGCUGGCCCGGGGGUCCGAGGGGGAGAAGACCCGAUCGGCCGAUGCCGCCGCCGCCGACCCCGCCCACGACGUCGGCCGCAGCUCCGUCGAGCGCCUGCAGCGCUCCCACUCCUUCGCCGAGUCCGUCGAGCAGGUCGUGCUCGAGUACGAGAAGACCAUCCAGAGCCUCGAGUCCUCCCUCUCCGACACCCGCGCCUCCCUGUCCCAGACUGAGAGCACCCUGCUCGAGCGCGAGACCACCUGCGCCUACGUCGAGGCCCUCAACACCCAGCUGCAGGCCCGUGUCCAGAAGUUCCAUGACCGCGAGUCCGGCACCGAGUCCUACCUGCACGAGCUCGAGUCCAAGCUCGAGGGCCACUCGUCCGGUGAGGAGCGCCACGCCGCCAUCGUCGCCGAGCUCCGCAAGGAGCUGACCCGCGCCCGCGACAGCGAGGCCCACUGUGAGGACUACAUCUCCACCCUCGAGGAGCGUCUGGCCGAGGCCGAUCAGGACAUGGAGCUCUUGCAGCGCGAGGUCGAUCGCCUGGAGCACGUCGUCGAUCGCCAGCGCAGCCUCGGCAAGCUGGACAGCCUUCUCUACGAGCUCGACCACGUUCAGAACGCCGCGCCCGAGGGCCGCGCCGCAUCGCCCGAGGCGCGGACAAUCCCCCCCGUCCGAGCCACGGCCACCGGGCCCCCUACACGGAACCGCGCCCCCUCCCUCGAGGUUCUCACCGAGGCCGUCGAGACCGCCAUUCCGGACUCCGACGAGGGCCUGGUGGAUCCGAUCCCCGCCACCAUUGAGGAGGAGGCGGAGGAGACGGCGGCGGCGGUCCCCGCCGCCGUCGUCCCCACGACCGACGACGACGAUCUCCAGGUGCUGGAGCGCGCCACCAGCCGCCUGGCGUCGUCGCCCCCUCCCGCCGAUCGGAUGGCGCUCUCGGCCCCCAAGCCCCCCAGUCCCACUCCGUCCGGUGUCGUGGCCGACAAGCUGGAGACCGUGUCGCGAGAACUCCUGGAUCUGCGCCUCCAGCACGAGACCACCCUGACCGACUACGAGCUCCUCGAGGCGAAGUACGAGGACGCCCUGAAGACCAUGGCCGCCCUGCGGCAGGACGCCGCCGACGAGGCCCGUCACGCCGCGGCCCCAGGGCCGGAUCCAGUCUCCCCAGCCACCACCACCGCCACGCCCCCGCCCCCUGCCACCACCGCCUCCUCCCGCCCGGUGUCUUUUUUAGAGGAGCCCGGGGCCCCCGGCGACUCGCAGAGUGGCACACGACGCUCAUUCUCGCAGUCACUGUCCUCGGAAUUGUCCUUGGCCGGGGAGCCUGCGCCGUCGCGCGAUUCCUCCUCUGACGGCCAGACGGAGCCCACGGAGGUGACGGGGACCUCGACCCGCGGCCUCGCCGGCGGCGAUGACCCCGAUGCGCUCGCGCGGAUGCGCAAGCUGCUCGGGGAGCACGAGGAGGGCCUCGGCCUCAUGGCCCAGCGGUACGCCGCGCUGCAGGCUGAGCACGAGGACACCCUGAGCCUCAUCGAGUCCCUCAAGACCGAACUCCAGCGACCAAAGUCCACGUCGCCCCCGACCACCCCGGGUUUCAAGACCCCCAUGAUCCGCCGCAAGACGAGCACCAGCCUGAUAUCCACCGUCGAUCGCGCCCACCGCUCCCUGACCUCCAUGCGUGCCAUCGCCACGGAGGAGUUUGGCGACCGCCCCGACGCGCGACAGAACUUUGAGGUUCACUUGGACGCCGCCAUGCACGAGCUGCAGAGCCGCGUCGAGCGCAUCCAGUCCCUCGAGGCCGAGAACCAGAGCGUGCGGAAGGAGAUGGAGAUGAAGUCCACCAUCAUCUCGGGGCUGACCCGCGAGCGGACCAGUCUGCAGGCCGGCGGCUCCUCCGUUGACCCGACCUUCCUCGCCCAGCUCCGCGACCAGAUCGUGCAGCAGGAGACCCUCAUCACCCAGAUGACCGAGGCCCACGCCGCCCGGGAGCAGCAGCUCCGGGACGAGAUCACGCAGCUCCAAAGCCUCCUCCAGACGCAGGAGGCGGCGGCUCGGUCGCACGACGUCGGCGCCGAGGAGCAGGAUCGCAAGAUCGGCGGCCUGGAGGGCGAACUCGCCGAGUGGCAGGGCAAGCACGCGGACGCCGUGCGGUCCCUGGAGGCGUCCGAACGCCAGUUGAGCGGCACCCUGCAGGACCUGGAUCGCGCUCUGGCCGACGUGGACGCGCUGCGCGGCGACCGCACCGCCGCGGGCGACGAGCUGGCCGGCAAGGAGGCCGCUGCCCGCGAGCUCGACGAGGAGCGGCGGGGGCAGGAGGCGCGCGUGGCCGAGUUGCAGCUAACCAUCACGACGCUCACGGCCCAGGUAACGGCCCGGGACGAGUCGCACGAGGCCGCCCAGCGCGAGCUGGCGGACCUCCGCGCGGCCCAGGGCGACCAGACGGCCGCGGCCGGCGACGCGUCCCAGUCUCGCAUCACCGAGUUGGAACGCGAGAUCGAGGCCCAGCGCUCGGCCUCCGAUGACGCCCACCGGACGGAGCUGGCGUCCCUGCAGGAGUCGCACCGCCAGGAGCUCGUCGAGUUGGAGACGCGGACCCAGGCGGCAGCGCAGGCCAAGCACGAGGCGCAACUGUCGGAGAAGGACGCGGCGCACGACGAGGCUCUGCAGGCGCUGCGGUCGGAGAUCGCCGCAUCGCGCGCGGAGCUCGCGAAGCUGCUGGGCAUGGUCGGCGGGCUGCUGAACGCUGACGUCACCGCCGACAACCUGGCGGACCAGCUGCAGGACAUUGUGGCGCAGAAGCAGCGCUUCUCCGACCAGUACGCUGAGAUGCUGGAGAUCAACGACGAUCUGCGGCAGCAGCUGGCGGCCCGGGGUGAGGACGCUGACCGGCUGGACGCGCUCACGCAGAGCAACGCGGACAAGGAGGCCAAGGUGACCGAGCUGGCGCUGCUGGUGGCCACGCUGGAGGACACGCUCCGGCAGAAGGACGACCAGGUGAAGAAGAAGGAGACGCUACUGGAGGCCGCCACGACCGAGAAGGACAAGAGCGCGCGGCUGGUGGAGGAGCUGGAGGACCAGAUCACCAACAGCUUCGACCAGCACCACAACCGUCUCUCCCUGAUCCAGCAGGAGCGCGAGCAAGCGCUCAUCCAGGCCAACGCCAAGAUCGGCACCUACGAGAAGGAGAUUGAAACGUAUCGGGUGCGCAUUGAGCAGUUGGAGCUCCAAAUCAAGAACACGGCGCCGGAUGUAUCCCACGACCGCAGCAGCUCGCUGACGUCGAACCUGCGGAAGAGCUCGUCGGCCGCCUCACUCCCCUCCCCCCCGCCGGCCAUCCCACUGCCGCCGCUGCCGACGAUCGCGGCCGGCACCAACGGCAGCAGCAGCGUGUCGCCGCCCAGCUCGCGCCACGCCAGCAAGGAGAUCGUCAACGUCAACAGCCAGCUGGUGGAGGACCAGGAGGCGCGCAUCCGGACGAUGGAGAAGCACCUGCACGCGGAGAAGCAGCUGACGGCGACGCUGGAAGAAGCGCUCGGGGACCUCGAAGCGCAGAGCAACAAGGUCAAGUCGGACAGCGAGGCCUGGAAGAAGAAGGCCUGGCAGCUGGAGGACGAGCUGAGCACGCUGCGCAAGGAGCGCAACUCACAGCGCCUGUCGCUGCAAGCCGUCGAAGAGGAGCGGAGUGCGCGACGCGAGGCCGAGGCCGCUCGGGCGCAGCUGGAGGAGCGGAUGAACGCUCUGAACAAGAAGAAGAAGAAGAGUACCCUGAAUUGUUUCUAAAAGUUGAGCGUCGCCCUGUCUUCUGUCCCUUCCCUCCUAGUUUUCUCCCUUUUUUUUU